AUGGUAUACGAUACAGUAGUUUAUCAUCCAUCGCUUACGAGACUUAUCAAGUUCUUAGAUAGCUCAGCGGGAAGAGAGAAAGUUCUGCGUCUUCUGCAGUACUUGAGUCGCUUUCUCGCAGUGCAGCAAUCGUCCCUGCUGGCGAAACAGUUGCAGGCGCAGUUUACAUUUGUGAGAAAAAUUCUGCGGUUUCUCAAGCCCCUAAAUCAUUUACAGGCAGCGGCUAAAUUUUAUGACAAUAAGCUUUCUGGAGAUUCGCUUAUUCGCUAUGCAAAUAUUGUCAAGAACUUGGCUUACGCAGGAUAUUUGACGCUUGACCAGGUGAAUCUGUUGCGCAUUCUCAAGAUAAUCCCGGUCACGCCGCUGAGCGGUAAGAAAAUACCACGUUGGACCAACAUUUGUUGGUUUAUUGGUUUGUUAAGUGGUAUUGUCUUGGAUUUACGCAACAUGCAUCUGUCGCAAACACGUAUUUUGGCUUUGUUAUCGGAACAGGAGAAGGCCGACACUGACGAUAAAAAGCUGCUAAAUACAGCUUACAAACAGAGGUACGCAGCUACGAGAAGACUUAUUUGGGACGCAAUUGAUUCAUUCAUAGUUUUGAACAACUUGAAUUAUUUGCAUAAUCAAGAUGGUUAUAUUGCACUGGGAGGUAUCGCAACUUCGCUAUUUGGGCUGCAAGAUUUGUGGAAGGCUGCAUCCAAAAACUGA